CAUUGUAAACCGCGCUUGCACGUGGUCUUGCUUUUGUUUUUAUUCUUCUCCGUUUCACACACUCGAUUCCCGAUUACAUGCGACGAAAGAACGUGUCAAAAGAAAAAGUCCAAUCAAAUUUGAAUAUCUGUGAUGUGAUGUGUGUGUGCGCGCAUUGUUCAGGUCGUCGUUCAUUUUGUGUCCAGGCUUUUAAUUCAACUUGAUAGUUCAAUAAGGUGUAAUACAGUUGUGUGAUAACAACGAGAACGCAGUCUGGUCGCUGCACUGCUAGCGGAGUGUGGAUUGAUUUAUCAAUCGAUCUCAUUCCCCAAAAACAACUCAAAACGCGGUCCGCAAAGAUGCAGCAAUGGCAGAAAAUUUCGCUUAUGCUGUGCACGUUCGGCUUCCUGAAGGAGAUUCGACCCAGCGAACCGUUCAUCGUGGACUACCUGGUCGGGCCAUGGCGCAACCUGACCAUGGAUGAGGUCAUCCAGGAGGCGUUCCCAAUCGGAACGUACUCGUACCUGGCCCAGCUGGCCGUCAUAUUUCUGAUUACGGACCUGCUGCGGUACAAGCCGUUGAUCGUGGUUAACGGGCUGGCCGGAAUCGUCAUCUGGAGUAUGCUUGCGUGGACGACGUCGCUGCAGUCGCUCAAGAUCUUGGAGGUGUUUUACGGGACGUACUGCGCGGCGGAGGUGGCUUAUUACAGCUACAUCUACGCCAAGGUGGACCGAGAGCACUACCAGAAGGUAACGUCACAAACGCGGGCCGCCAUCUACAGUGGGAAGUUCUUCGCGGGUGUGUUGGCCCAAGCGUUGUACUACUUCAAAGUGAUGGACUACAAGCAGCUGAACUACUUGUCGGUGGCGGCCCAGAUAAGCGCGACGGUUUGGGCGUUGAUGCUGCCGCCGGUCCAGACGAGCAUGUACUUUCACCGUGCCGCGAUUGGGCGCGCGGACGUCGGAGAACCAACCGACGAGCAGUCCUUUGAGAAUGACCUUUCCAGCGAUAAAAACUCCGUCGCGAGUUCUUCAUCCAAGAGGAAGGUCAUCUCGGCGUUCGUUCUGAUCUGGGUUCACUUCAAGUCGUCGUUCACCAACUUGACCGUGCUGCAGUGGAGCAUUUGGUACGCCCUAGCUAUGGCCGGUUACAUCCAAGUGCUCGCGUACAUCCAGUUCCUUUGGAGCAACGUCGACCCCUCACAACCAGCCGUCUGGAACGGAGCCGUUGAGGCCGUGGUCACGCUGCUAGGCGCCAUCGUCUCCCUGCUUGCCGGAUACAUCCACAACGGAUUCCUGCGACCGCGGAGCAGUCUCUUCGCGCUGUCAAUCCUAUCGCUUGGCCAAAGUGCCGCCAUUCUCCUCGCAACGACGACCUCCAGCCUCGCCGUGUGCUAUCUGGGUUACGUCACGUUCGGUGUGUUGUACGCGUUCACCAUUACGGUCGUCAGCGCCGAGAUCGCCAAGAACAUCUCCGACGACAGUUUCGGCCUCGUGUUUGGCUUCAACACGCUUGUUGCCCUGUCGCUGCAGACGCUGCUGACGUACGCCGUGACCGACUCCGACGGAUGGUUCGCGCUGGACAUCUUCGGCCAAUUCACCGUCUAUGGGUACUACUUUGUUGUGCUCAGCGUUAUCUACGCGGUCUUCCUGCUCGGGGAGAUUGCCAGCAGUGUCUACCGAAGGAAAGAUUAGCCCCCAAUGAUACUCCAUUUAGCUGAGUAAUGUCUUUUAUUUGCCUUGUUUUAGCCAUAUGUACAUCAAUCAUCGUAGCGAUUUACUGAAGCUGUAACGUUUAGUACAAAGUAGACUGAUUUUUGAAAUAUAUCUCUAGACUGAA